AUGCAGUUCAAGAACAUUGCGGCCACGCUGGGCCUCCUUUGCUUCUCGGUGCCAUCCGUGGCACUUCCUCAGACAAAUGUCCGAGACUCUUCUCCAGAGACCCUGUUCAGCGACAUGCAGAAGACUUACGAAACCAAUAUCGACAAAAUUCUGAGUUCUAAUGCAUCCGCUGCAUCAUGCAGCAGACAUUCCGUUAGUGUACGCCGUUCCUGGGAUGUGCUGAGCAGAAGUGAGAGGCUGGAAUAUAUCCGUGCCGUAAAGUGUCUGCACAAACUUCCAUCCAAGGUCGACAAAACCCUCGCACCCAGUGCCAGAGUUAGGGCAGACGACUUCACCUACCAGCACAUGAAUCAGACAAACUUUGCGCAUGCCUCGGGUAUUUUCCUCCCAUGGCAUAGGCAAUUCAUGUAUGUGUAUGAGCAAUCUCUACGGGAAGAGUGCGGCUACAAGGGCUCUGUUCCCUACUGGGACUGGAUGAAGUACAGUGAUGAUCAGUCCAAGGCUUCUAUUUUUGAGGAUGGCCCAGCCGGGUUUGGAGGCAACGGAAAGGCCAUUUCUCACCCAGACACCAAUCAAAGUCUUCCAGAUGUCCCUGGACCCUUCUAUAUCACCCGUAAGGCUGGUACUGGUGGUGGCUGUGUUACAACCGGCGCCUUCGCCAACCUAUCCGUCAACCUCGGCCCUGUGGUUCCAGGAAACAAUUCCGCCGAUGAUCCAUAUGGGGUCAAGAACCCACCGCACUGUCUAUCCCGCGACUUUAAUCAAGCAUACAGUGAAACAGGCCUCACCUACACUGCAGCUCUCUCACUUCUCCAGUCUGCGGACUACAAUGCCUUCUUUGGAAACAUUGAUCAUCUCGUCCAUGGUUUCGCUCACCAGUACCUCGGAGGUGAUGGCUAUGACUUCUACAGCUCCCCAAGCGACCCAAUCUUCUUUCUUCUCCACAGCCAAAUCGACCGUCUUUGGACUAUUUGGCAAGGAUUGGAUCAGGAUGUCCGAAAGAGCCAGGUAGGCGGAACAGAGACGUUUGCGAACCGGCCCCCUUCUGCGAACACAACUCUAGACACAACCCUCCGCAUGUCUGAGAUUCUGGGUGGGGAUGUAAACUUUGGUCAUACAGUCUCUACUGUCGAGAACGAUUACUGCUACAUCUAUGCUUAA